AUGACAGCCACCGGCAUCAGCUGGGAUUGGAGGCCAGUGGUGCACAGUGACCUCCUGGCCCGCGCUUUCCACUCGUGCAACGUGGUUCAGGGGAAGCUCCUCAUCUUUGGGGGUCUGAAGUCGCAGGAGACCCAAGAGCCGCCCCUUGGGGAUGUGGUGGCCUUUGACCCGUUGCUCCAGACGGUCAGAACAAUUGCUCCCGAAUGUGGGCACCAUCGAAGCCACCAUGAGGCCGUGGUCCUGGCCAACCGCUUCCUGUGCGUGGUGGGGGGCUGGGAUGGCUCCCGCAGGGUCUCAGAUGUGUGCUGCUUUGACGCUGAGCAGGGACAGUGGGAACGCUGGUCUGUGGGGCCCUCCAGCGAGGCCCCCGUGGGGCUCAGCAGCCAUACCUGCACCAAGCUAACAGACCAGGAAGUACGAGUGGUGGGCCGUGAGGGCGGGCUACGUACACAGCGGCGCUAUGCCAGCAUCUUCACCCUACGUCUCAACCCUGCCACCAAGACCUACUGGUACAAAGAGGAGGAAUCUCACACGGCCUCACGGGCCGGCCAUUCGGCCAUGCUGUUGCGCGAGACCAGCACAAGCGGGAAAGGGAGCGGCUACAAACUACUGGUGUUUGGAGGGCGCGACUCUGCCGACUUUGACGUGGCUGGACAUUGGGGGAAAAGCAAGAUCCACGUUGAUUCUGUCCAUGCUCCUGGACUGACAGAGCAUCUCUCUUGCCUGGUCAGCACCAAAAAGGGAUCCCUGCAGGCUCCCAAGGGCCUGAGGCACCAAUCCUGCACUGUGGUGGGGCCUUUUGCGGUCAUCUUUGGAGGCGAGACCCUAUCGAAGGGCAGGGAUGCCGUUUGCAAUGACCUUUACAUCCACGAUACAAGGUCAUCACCAGCAAACUGGUUCCACUUUCCUUGUUCCAACCGAGCCCAGAAGAGAGUUGGCCACCGUACCUGCCUUUGGAAUGACAAGCUCUACCUCAUUGGGGGUUUGGGGGCUGAUGGCAAGACACCCUGCCCAGAGAUCUGCAGCUUAGAGAUCUCCCCAUGAACCCCAGAAUUUCUCGCCACUGGCUCUCUGCAACCUUUCGAGCGGAUGCUCCUCUCAAGUUUGCCCCACUAUCGCCCUUCUUGGCAGGGGAAGGUAUGGCCUUUGGUUCAUGUGAAAUAAAGCACUCCUCUUGCAUGUGAAAUAGACUUCUGCAGUCUUUCUGCAGAUCAAAAUGCAACAGAAACAAGUGGUCAAACUGAAGCAUGCUAGAAAGAAAGUGCCUCACCUAGGGGUCAAAAAAGA